ACGUGUUCUUUGACUUUUUUCUUGCUCUUCUUUCUAGUUGUUCUGUUUGUUUCCAAAGAAAAUAGGAUAUGGAGAGAAAAGACAUAGAAGACAGAGACAUUACAAGUUCCCUUCUUGCUAAAGAAAACCUUGACACUAAUGGCGUUAGUAGCAGCAGAAAUGUUGCAGCGAAUAGUGGUGGUGCCACCACAGCUACGGUGGUGUUCAGCACCUUCAUUGCCGUUUGUGGAUCCUUCGUUUUUGGUGCUGCUAUUGGAUAUUCGUCACCAGCUAUGUCUGGAAUCAUGGAAGACUUGGGCAUCUCUUUGGCACAUGUAGGUAGUGAGUAAUACUUGUUUUGAUAAAUGGAAAGUAAUGAUGAUAUUUGUUUUGCACUAUCUCUAUGGCAUUUCUUACUACUGCAAAAGUACAAGAUCUUUUUUUUUUUUUUGAUGGGUAGUACAAGAUCUUUUAGUAACUAUAACAUUGGACCCUUUGAUUGUAUAACACUAUUUGGUAAUGGGUGCUCCGAACCAGUAUUUGGUCCUAGCUACAGUUGUAAAGAAUGCAGAGGGCGAUACAUUCAUCAUAAAUCAUGUGCAGAACUUCCCUUGGGUUGCACCAUCCCUCACACCCAAAUCAUCCUCUUAUUCUCUUCGGCAUAUAUAAAUAUUAUAGCAACAAAGAAGAAUAUAGCAGAUUUAGCAAAUGCAACGUCUGUGGAGAAAAGAGUUUUGAAUACAGUUAUUGUUGUUACCGUUGCAACUUCAACAUUCACAUAAGAUGUUCUUAUUUUCCACUCACCAUCGAAACUGAAUUCCAUGACCAUCAAUUGACCCGCAUUUGGUAUCUGACAAAGUUCACUUGUGACUUCUGUGGCAAAGAAGGCAAUCUACCCUAUUUUUGUGUCCAAUGCAAUUUCAUUAUACAUUCACGUUGUGUUGCUUGCCCACGCAUACUAAAAGCUUUCCAUCACAACCACCCUCUCCACCUCACUCCUUCUCUUGAAGUCCAUCAAUCCAACUCUCCAAUUUGCCUACUCUGUGUUCGAAAAGUGGAAACACACUGGCUUUACUAUUGCUCAAGAUGCGAUUUUUCUGCCCACCUCUAUUGUGCUAUGCUCCCCUUUAACAGGGAGUACAUAAAUUUGCAGGAUCUUAAAGAGGAGCAGUCCACCGAUUCAAAAACUAAAGAUCCAGAGCUCCAUCAAUCCUUUGACUCAAAAAUCUACGAAGUCAAAAAAACCACUGUGAGGGAAGAUGGAACUAAAAUAGCCACAGAAAUCAAACACUUCAAUCUCCAUUCUCUCGCCAAAAGAGAUGGAACUGAAAAUGUUUGGAGUAUUUCAUUGUGCCACUUGUAUUUGUUCUUGAUCAAAUGCGCUACACUACCACAAACCACAUGGUACAACCAACAUGAACAUCCUUUCACUCUCUGUUAUACUCCUGAAGAUGACUCUGGUGAAUGUUACUAUGAUAUCUGUGAAGAAGAACGAGAUCCUAAGCAAUGGUUUUACUACUAUAAGGAUUGCAAUUUUCCUGCUCAUCGCGGCUGUAUUCUUGGGAACACACCAAAUGUCAAGUAACAUAUAACGGCCACUUGUGGGGAGAUGCUACACAUUAAUUUGACUUUCAAUGUGCCCAAUGUAAUUUCAACAUUCACAAUAAUUGUUUAUAGAAA